AUUUGUAUAUAAAUUUGUAUAUCGCCCAAAAAAACGUCACUGUAUCAUCUCUCUCACUUUUUCUUUGUUGCUGGACUGAGUCAGUCAUCCAUGGCAUUUCCAUACUUGGAAUCGGUUGUCGGUUUCAUGAUACUAAUGUACAUAUUUGAGACAUACCUUGAUUUACGACAACAUGCGGCUCUUAAAUUGCCAACACUUCCAAAACCUCUGGAGGGAGUGAUCAGCCAGGAAAAAUUCAAGAAGUCCCAGGCGUAUAGUCUCGACAAAAGUAAUUUUCAUUUUGUCCACGAGUUUGUUACCAUACUGAUGGACUCUGCCAUCCUAUAUUUCCGGAUAUUACCUUGGUUUUGGAAGAUAUCACGAGACUUUUUGAUAUACCUUGGUCUCAAUGCAGAGAAUGAAAUAUUUCACACACUAGCAUUUUUAGCUGGAGUUAUGAUUUGGUCGCAGAUCACUGAUUUGCCAUUUUCGUUGUAUUCAACUUUUGUGAUCGAAUCCCGCCAUGGUUUCAACAAGCAAACAGUAUGGUUAUUCUUCAGAGACAUGAUCAAAGGAAUUGCUUUGGCAAUUGUAAUUGGUCCUCCCAUUGUUGCUGCCAUCAUUGUUAUAGUACAGAAGGGAGGUCCUUACUUGGCCAUUUACUUGUGGGGAUUUAUGCUCGUCCUGUCUCUUGUUAUGAUGACUCUUUACCCUAUUCUGAUUGCUCCGCUUUUCAACAAGUUCACUCCGCUUCCGGAAGGAGAACUUAGGUCGAAGAUUGAGAAUCUGGCUUCCUCGCUUAAAUUUCCCCUAAAGAAGUUGUUUGUGGUUGAUGGGUCCACAAGGUCGAGCCAUAGCAAUGCAUACAUGUAUGGAUUCUUCAAGAACAAACGGAUUGUCCUCUAUGAUACACUAAUCCAGCAGUGCAAGAAUGAUGAGGAGGUUGUUGCUGUUAUUGCGCAUGAGCUGGGGCACUGGAAACUUAAUCACACGAUGUACUCCUUCAUAGCUGUCCAGAUCCUCACAUUAUUGCAGUUCGGAGGAUACACUCUUGUUAGGAAUUCAAAGGACUUGUUUCAGAGUUUUGGGUUUGAUACCCAACCAGUUCUUAUUGGACUUAUCAUAUUUCAGCACACUGUCAUACCUCUCCAGCACCUAGUGAGCUUUGGUCUUAAUCUUGUAAGCCGUGCUUUUGAGUUCCAGGCUGAUGCUUUUGCAAAGAAGCUUGGUUAUGCUGCAGCACUUCGAGCUGGUCUUGUGAAACUGCAGGAAGAAAACUUGUCGGCUAUGAACACAGAUCCCUGGUAUUCGGCUUAUCAUUAUUCUCACCCUCCUCUAGUUGAAAGAUUGACUGCGAUUGAUGAAAUCGAUAAGAAGACAGAUUGACAACACGUGGGCGUUCCGCUGUUCAAUAUAGAGUUGGUUCUAUACUUUGCACCACAGAACUGCAAGCAUAACAAACAAUAGGUGUGAUUUACUUUCAGUUGCCAUGAUAUUGUUGAUGUCACAUUCACAUUGUAGUGCUGAGUUAGGAAGGUUACUGGAGCUUCAAGGAGGAAUGACUUUAUGUUUGAUUGUAUUGUUUACAGAAGUUGGGAGCUUCAGCUCGACUUUGCUGAUAAAGUUGGUCAAAAUUUAGGGUUUAUAUAAUCAAACGGUGGCAAUUCGAGCUCUCGAGGAGAUGUACCAGGAACUUCGUAGUAUUUUGGAGGGACAAAAAUAAUGUUUUUUGGUCCCGCCUCUGCAUUUAUGGGCAUAUUUUUCCUUUUCAGCCAGUGCUUCUCUUUUACUAAUUAGUAGUAUUAUUGUUUUCUUUAAAAGAAUUUGCGUAAAAGUUAAAAAAGCAUGUAACCAAAAAGAUAAAUAGGAAUGUUACAUUAAACAUAAUUAGCAUGUUAGAAUUGACUUAUAGAUACAAUAGUCGAGUGCCUAUCUGUAACCAGAUCAUCUAUUUUGCUAUAUGUGCAUCACUAAUUCGUGAUACA